UCACAAUGUCGUGAAAAGGCCGUUGUCACGAUACUGGUGGAAGUUUGGUCAAUCAAUAUUGUUGAGUAUUAGGAAUUGACUUGAUUUUUCCAUUGGCAUAACAAUAAGUCCAGGAUUGAUUUGACCGGAAAUUUUGAGGCAUAUUGUGUUGAAUUCUGGUUGAUUCAGAACAUCAUGCGAGAUAUGUCAUUGCUGGAACAGAAAAAGUUACAGUGGGCCAAAGAAAAAGAAGAACUUUCGAAAUUGAACGACUUCUUUUCGGCGACAACCACGACCCGCCAAUUCGAACGAACUGAACGGACUUCCAUCAGAACUUACUACUCAAAUGUUGAUAUGAAUUCGUCGACAAAUUCGAGUGUGAAAUCGAGUACAAUACCACGUAGAGCAAGCUAUUAUACAAAUCAGGAGCCGUACGAUAUUCCGCAUAAUUAUCACAAUAAUAACAAUGAUCCACGCCACAAUAGUUGUCGACCGUAUGCGGCUGAUUUGUAUUGCGAUAACGAAGCGCAAUACCAAAAUACAGAAAAUCUUGACUUUAACCAUGGUCGCGCUCCAAUUCUUCCGCCAAUCGGUAAUCGCAAUAACAGACAAAAGCAAAUGGCAACGCAAACCCGUAGCAAUCAUCAAUUUGUGCAUCAAAAUACGGAUGAAGAGACAUCGGGCUACCUGAGCGAUCGAUUGAGCCCGAUGAUGUGGCCGAAUCAAAGUCAACACCAACCACAAACGCAACACCAGCAUUUGCUGAAAGAUUUUUCGAACUACAUCUACCCAUCAUCGGGUGAUGAAUUGGCACCAGAAAUAGACGCUAUGAAAAUUGAAGAGCGUCGCCGAAUUCCAAAACAUAAGCAAGCACCACCAUCACGUGAAAUCCAUGACAAUGGACAUGAAACGGACUUCAGCAUACCGAAAACACCAUCGUCCAUGUGUUCGGAUAACCGAAAUUAUUCGCGGCUCUCAUCAUGUCCACCGUCUCGGAAGGAAAAAGAAGAGCGAGCCAAAUGGGGUGACCGUAGUAAUCAUUUUUAUGACACCGUUUCGAAGGAGAGUAGCGUGAAAUCCGAUGGACCAUGUUGGUUGGAACGUGGAUUUGUUGAUAGUGGAGAUGAGUCUGUUAGAUCCUAUUCGUUUAUCCGUGGUCAAAAUGCGCCAAUCGAUCCAAAUGUGUUGGCAGAACGAACAAACCGUCGAAUCAAAGCCCUCGAAUUGCAAAAUGCAAUAAAAGCACAGGUCGAAGAGCGUGAACGAAUCCGAAAAAUGGAUCUGGAAAAAACGUUGAUGGAAGAGCGUCGCCAAGAGGAAAAACUACGCCAGCAGAUGGAAUCGAAUGAGCAACGAUACGAAGAAGAGCAGCGAAAAACCCGUGAAAAAUUGGAACGAGAACAACGCAAACAGGAGGUAAUGCGAAUAGCCAUCGAAAAAGCGCGACAGGAAGCUGAAAUGGAAAAAUCGAAGAAAAAACGAUCGAUUUUAACGGUUGAAUGUGAAUCGCCCGAGCCAAGUGACGACAUGCUCGAUGACCAAGACAUCACAACAACUCGAACGAAAUCAUCACCAUCUCCGAUCGAUAAUAAAACCGAAACCGACGAUCAUAAUACGGAUGAUGGUGAAAAAAUCCUCAUUGGCACUCCGAUUAAAAUGCGAAAGAAAACAUUGAACAAACCGCAAAAAGUGCCGCUAUCGGCCAAGAAAGAAGUAUCCGUGCAGAGCGACAAAGAGCCAACCACAGCGCCCGAAACAAAUGUUGACGGAAUUGCCCUGGUUUUACAAACACUUCCACCGAUUAUGCCAAUUUUAAGCAAUGACAUCAUCAAUCUCAAUCAAAACAUCAACAGUUUGAACACAAGCAAUAUUCAACUGGCCGUUAUGCUGGCGCAUCAAAUGCAACAGUUGAAUACAACCAUCGCACAAAAUCAAAAUCAACUGCCUGAACUAUCUAAAACCACCGAAACUAGUGCACCGGAAGAAAAACAUCUGUCGAGUCGAAGUGACUGCAACGAUUCGACUGCGAUGGAGGUAUGCAAGCAGUGCACCGGCUUCAAUCGAAUGGCUGCGCAGCAACGGGAUCAGGUACAUCUGAACGAUGAAGCACAAACAAAAGAUGCCGCCACCGUGACCGAAGACUUUGAUGCUUCGGUCCCUCGUGAGGUGCGUCAAAAUGGCGAUGAAAUAUCCAAAGAGGUGUGCCAUGUAAUGGACGCUUCAACCCAAACCGACAAGAAAUUCGAGUAUUGUUUUCAAUGUCGUUACCAUCAAUGCCAUCAUCACCAUGUGAUCGUUAAAGAUUUGUCAUCAAAUUGUGGUGAAGAUAUGAAAUCAGUAGCAGUGAAUCAUGUGACGUCAAAAGGCAAGUGCACAGAAAAGGAUUGCGUCAGCGCAUCGGUUGGCGGUCGAAAUAUGUGUCUUGAGGCGAGAGAACCGAUGAAAAUUGAAGAUCGACCGAAAUGGGGAGUAAAUCGGCCGCUGCAACAGUAUGUCAAAGCUUCAGAACGUGAUCCAUUCUAUUUGCGAAACAAACGGAAAAAGCAUCAAAAACGUCACGAAGAUCAAAAUCGAAGCUGCGAUGGUGAUGGGUCCAAAGAGGAUUCUUCAAUGCCAGAGAGUCGUUCAACCAGCCCUAGUCCGUCUAUUAUCACCAAUAGCACAGUCACAUUGAGCUCACCAAAGCUGAAGAAUCGCAAACGAAGCAUUUGUACCGAAAUUCUUCCUAUUUCCACGGACAAAAAUGGUCGCGUCUAUUUGAAUUUCAAUGGUGCCAGUUUGCAAGUCACCGAAGACGAACAUCGACCAUCAUCGAAACGACCGCAAAAAAAUCGCAUCAUGAACCGCAGUCAAACCGCCAACGACAUUCGAUCCAUCGAUAAUGAUGCCAACACCGACAACCACCACGAUGAAAAGACUAGUGCUCAUAAUUGAACACAAUUUUUUUUGCCAUUUUUUUCCAUGUAAAUCGUUU